AUGCUUGAGCAAGGAGUAAAAGUAUGUAGCAGUGGUAAUAAACCGAUUGGUAUGGGAUCAACGAAUGUGUACUCAAAAAUUGCUGAAGUAGUCGCUACUGAUGCUACAUCUUUUAAUGGUACAUCGAAAAAUGUUUCGAACAUUGAACGGAUGUCACCAGCUAGUGUCGAUUCUGGUUUCGAUUCAUCAUUUCCAUCUUCACCAGAUUGUUCACUGGAUUCAUCAGUUGUUGGAGCGGAAAUGACGAAAUGUUGCAGAGAUCCGAAUUUCAAACGACGACAUCAAACAGCUACAGCUUUGACAGCUGUUUCACAAUGUUCGCUGUUAGUUUGUCAACCAUCAUGUUCGUCCUUGUCGUCACCAAUCAGCCGGACGUCAAGCGGUGUUAGUACAUUCAGUACGGUCAGUUUGAUUAAUACCGAUGUGAAAGCAGAUGAAAAUUUUUGUCUUGACGCAUGUCUUCUGAAGAAAACAGCUUCACUAACAUCGCUAUCAUCAUCGUUACAACUGGCAGUUAAUGUUCCUAUUAAUCAGGAUUCGAGAGUUUCAUCCACUGCUAGAUUAGGCAACAGUACAAAAUCGCUUGCAAGAUGUUCAACAUUCCCUUCUUUUUCUGGGAGUUCGCCUUCAGAAAUCAAUGAGCCUGAGUUAAGAGUAAAUUGUCGUUGGAAAAGCUGCACGAAACGGUUUGCUUGCGACAACGACCUCUAUGAUCAUGUUGUCAAAGAUCAUUUGGAACUGCUACGACCUUCAACAUAUUUGGAUGGUAGUAAUGAUAACAAUAGUGGCGGCGCCGGUUCGCAAUCACAAACUGUGGGCCGUUUAAAAAAUUUGAUGUGUCAGUGGGGGAACUGUAAAAUGGGUUUGAGUCGUGGUAAUUUUCAAAAACAGUUCAUUUGGUUGGAGGAACAUUUUACAACACGACAUGCUGGUAAAGCACAACCAUACAUGUGUCUCAUAGAGGGUUGUUCGUCAAGAUUUACAUUGAAGCGCUCAUUGGAAGAGCAUCUCAGGACGGGUCACGAAAAAGUGAAAGCCAAACGCCCUCAUAAUGAAGAAGGUGAAUUGACGAGAGUCAAAUCCUGCUACCAAUGGACACCUCUACCUUACUACAUACCAAGUGAGAAGAACGAUUUUUUGGAUCUUGCAACGGAAGAAUGGAUUGUGAUGCGAUUGCGACAAUAUGAGCGAACAAGUAAUGCUUGCUUUAUACCUCGUGAACCACCAGCUCCUCGCGGUGGUGCUGCAUAUCGUAAAAGACGCCGAAUACUUACUUUUGCUAUUGAACCUUUGAAAAUUACUCCGAAAGUUAUUUCUGAUACAAUGGAAUUAGCGGAUGCAAAAUCACUUAUCAAAAGUGCUUUCAUUAAUGCGAAGAGUUGUACAAAUUCUGUAAAUACGACCAUUACGGAUAGUGGCUAA